UGGAGAAGAAAAAUUCGCAUAGCCUAUCAAUUCAAAACACUUCGGUUUAUCAUUACGCAUACAUUCAAUUACAAUUUUAAAUUAUUUUCAUUUACCAAAAUUCCAGUUUAAUUAUUUGAAAAGUAAAUUCAAAUUGAAAGAAGAUAAUGGCUUAUCCAAGAAGUCCAGGACCAGCACAUUACAAAAUUCCACCAUCAAUUGGCUACAAAGACCACAAUAAAACCAAAUGGAUAAUGCCAGCUUACUCUAUAGGCAACAAACAUCGCAGUUUGGAAGGUGGUGUUGUACCAGGGCCACAGUAUAUGGUCAGGGAUCAGACCAGGUUUGGCUAUCAAAGAGGCCCAGCCUUCACCAUUAACAGAAGAACUGCACUUAGGAUGGGCUCUUCAGGACCAGGCCCUGGCACUUAUAAACCAGAACAGUACGCAACGCGGAAAGCCCCAGUUUUCAGUUUUGGAAAACGUCCAGCAUCACAACAAAUCACUGUGGGCCCUGGACCAGCCAGCUAUAACGUCAGAAGAGACAAACCUCCCGGUCCAGCUUUUAACAUACUUGGACGUCAAACGCAGAAGAUGUUGGACAAAUCGCCGGGUCCGGCAGCUUACAACCCCAAGUACUCGAGCGUAGACAAGAGACCUCGAGUGAUCAAGUUCAGCGGGAGACCUGACACCUCGGGUCUCGGGAAGGCAUUCGGCCCGGGACCCGGACACUACAAGUACCAGCUGGUGGGCCGGAGCACACCUAAAUUCUCGUUCGGCACUAAACACAAGGAAUGGUUGUCGCCCUAUAUUGUACCUGAGGACAAUGCUUGCACCUAUCCUCCUAGAAAAAGUUGAAACACGUUUUUUGAAAUUGAAAAAUUAUUAUUUAGAACUGUAUGAGAAUAUUGUAGUUGAAAUUAAAACUAGUAGUGAUGUGAA